AUGAGUGACUCUAAGAGAAAGACCGCCAUUUUGUCCGUCUACGAUAAGACCGGCUUGUUAGACCUCGCGAAUGGGCUGCUUAAGGCUAAUGUGAGGCUGCUUGCCUCUGGCGGAACAGCUCGAAUGAUUCGGGAGGCAAACCUACCGGUCGAAGAUGUUUCCGCCAUCACAAAGGCACCUGAAAUGCUAGGUGGCCGUGUAAAGACGCUUCACCCUGUUGUCCACGGAGGCAUUCUGGCCCGGAACUUGGAAUCCGACGAAAAGGACCUCGAAGCGCAAGGAAUCUCCAAGGUGGACUUUGUCGUCUGCAACUUAUAUCCGUUCAAGGAGACGGUGGCGAAGAUUGGCGUCACGAUACCCGAAGCCGUUGAGGAGAUCGACAUCGGAGGCGUGACUCUGCUGCGAGCUGCCGCAAAGAACCAUGAUCGCGUCACUAUUCUCAGUGACCCAAGCGACUAUCCAGACUUUCUGAAGGAGCUUGAAGCCGGUGAAAUUUCACAGAAGAGCCGCCAGUUGUAUGCUCUGAAGGCCUUCUCGCAAACAGCGGAAUACGAUACUGCCAUCUCAAGCUACUUUCGAAAGGAGUAUGCGGGUGAUGGCUCGCAGCUGAUCACCCUGCGCUACGGCGCCAAUCCACAUCAGAAGCCUGCGACUGCCUCUGUCACAGAAGGUAAACUGCCAUUCAAGGCUCUGGCCGGCUCCCCUGGCUAUAUCAACCUUCUUGAUGCGCUGAAUGCUUGGGCUCUGGUAAAGGAGCUUGACGAGGCUACCGGCAUGGCCGCUGCAGCUAGCUUCAAGCACGUUUCCCCAGCCGGUGCUGCGAUUGGCGUACCUCUCAGCGAAGUUGAGGCAAAGGUUUACAUGGUAAAUGAUAUAGACGGGCUCAGCAGCUCACAACUUGCGCAAGCAUACGCACGAGCACGAGGGGCAGAUCGUAUGUCCAGCUUCGGCGACCUAAUCGCCCUUUCACGAGAAGUCGACGUUCCCACCGCGAAGAUCAUUUCACGAGAAGUCUCCGACGGUGUGAUUGCUCCAGGAUACGCGCCAGAAGCUCUUGAGAUUCUGGCAAAGAAGAAGGGAGGCAAGUAUCUUGUGCUGCAAAUGGACAAAGACUAUGAGCCACCAGCGCUGGAAACAAGGACCGUGUACGGCGUGAACCUGUCUCAACAUCGCAACGACGCCAAGAUCGUGCCGAAAGAAACAUUUGGAAAGAUUCUCGUCCCUGCGAAUGCCAGCGCGCUGCCAGAGUCGGCACUGAGAGACUUGACCGUGGCUACCAUCGCUCUCAAAUACACGCAAUCGAACUCAGUGUGCUACGCGCUCAACGGACAGGUGAUCGGCCUUGGAGCGGGCCAGCAAUCGCGAAUUCACUGCACAAGAUUGGCAGGCGACAAGGCGGACAACUGGUGGAUGCGUUUCCACGAACGCACUCUGAACUUGAAGUUCAAGCAGGGAGUAAAGCGACCAGAGAAGAGCAACGCGAUCGACCUUCUUUGCAGCGGCCAGGUUCCGAAGAGCGGUGUCGAGCGGGACGACUUCGAGCUCAACUUCGAAGAAGUGCCCGAACUCUUCACCGCGGAAGAGCGAGAGCAAUGGCUGCAGAAGCUGAGUGAAGUCGCAGUCAGCUCUGAUGCUUUCUUCCCCUUCUCAGACAACAUCUAUCGCCUCGCCCGCAGCGGUGCAAAAUAUGCCGCUGCUCCGACUGGCAGCGUUAAUGACGAGGCCGUGUUCAAAGCCGCAGAGAAGCUUGGUGUUACUUUCGUCGAGCAGCAUCUCCGGCUCUUCCACCACUGA